AUGAAGGUCAUCACGAGAGAAGAGCAGGAUGCACAGCAGCGCGCGACGAUCGCAGGCGGUGCGAAGGGGCUUGCGGGCGGGCUCGCAUUCGCGCUCCCCGCGUCGUACCUCCUGCACAGGCGUUGGUCGUACUACCGCGCGCUCCCACCGUCAAUCAAGACGUUCGGCGUCAUCCUCGUCGCCGUGCCAGCCUUCGUCAUCUCUGCGGACCACGCUGGUCUGAAGUUUGAGAAGGAGCAUUGGACUGGCGUUGGGAAGCAAGAGAUAGACACAGUGAACGCGCGCCUGCAGCAGCGCUGGGAGUCGCUGACGCUCGGCCAGAAGAUCCGUGAUGUCGCCGCAAGGCAUGAAUACGGGAUCAUCGCGGGCGCGUGGACGGCGACGAUGGUCGGCGCAUUUGGCUGGAUCAUGCGUGACCCCUACCAGUCGAUGCCGCAGAAGGUCGUGCAGGCACGUAUGUGGGCACAGGGAUUGACGGUCGGCAUUUUGAUUGCAGCUGGCGUGCUCACGCAUGCGCGACACCACAAGCAGACCGAUGAUAACGGCGUGCGACACUUGGAACCCGACCAUUCGUGGCGGGACAUCAUUGCUGAGAACUCGCCCAAGGGUCCAGCGUACGCAUCGCUCGCCGCCGCCCUCAUCGGCACCCUCUGCAACUUUGUUGUGGCUGUGCGUCUCCUCGCCCUCUGGCGCUCGUUGGGAUGGGAGUCCGAGUCGGAAUGGGAGGCCAAGGCUGAUGUCUGGAGGGUAGACAGUGUCAAGAUCAUCUGGGCUCUUCUCUCCGCAUAUUUUGCUGCUGCUGCCGCCGCGUGCUGCGCCGGUCUCAUAGGCCUGGCCAAGAACUCACCCUCCUUUGUACGAUUCUACCGCGACUACUCCAUCGGCGACUUUGUCUUCACGACAGCGGGUACGCUCUUCCUCAGUUAUGCGUCGUUCAGCCGCCCCUAUGUGCGCACAUCCGUGUGCGAGGAAAUCUCCCGCCAUCCGGAGCUCAUACGUGACCUGUCUGAGAUGGGGCUUACACUUGAGAAUUGCGAGCUCUGGUUCGAGCGCGCUGUGCUGGCAGUCAUGGGAAUGAUGUUCAUUCUCAUCGUCAUACGGCUGCAUAUGGUCAUCGCAAUAUCGAAGCUCUAUCACCAUCUCGUCCGCGAUAUCUUCACCAGCGCGAAGUCGCACACGAGCCUCCGUCCGAUCUCAACAGACUCGCUUCACCGCAUAUAUCUCCUCCCCACACCUACCUCCCCGUCAUCCGGCUCGUUCAACUUCAAUAACAAUGUGCCGUCGGGCACAAGCCCGUCGGAAGACAUCGUCGUGUACGCGCCCGUACCCGUCGGUGGUAUGUCGGAGGCAGACGCGCGGAAGAUGAACGCGACAGAGGCGUGGAUUUCCUCCCCGACGUCACCCCGGUCGCACAGGCAUUCGCGCUCUUAUUCGUACUCACAUUCUCACCCGCACUCGCAUUCGCACCGCCAUAGUCGCAGUACUGCAUCGGUGUUACGGCAGGACAGCGGGACCGCGUCCACGGAUGAGAAGACGGAGCUAGAGAGCCUGGCGUGA